AUGUUUCCUAAUUACUGGCCUAACUAUGAUUCUGGCUAUCCGUCUCUAGACUGUUUCGAUGAAGGCAUACCUGACGAUCUCGAUCUGCCAAAACCUGAAUUUGAAAAUUUUAUAGAUUCACCAGUUAAUGGAUUCUCCAAUAGUAUUGAGUUUCCCUCAGAUGAUUUCGAUUCGUAUUCUUGGUUGCCACAUGAAUACUCGUUCAAUUUGAAUAGGCCGUUACCUCCAAUCUCCACUUUUUUUGAAAAUACUAGAAAUUUCGAAGAAGAAGUUUCAACUGUAGUAUUUAAUGAAGUGCCACCAUCUCCUAAUCCGUAUAUCCCUGUUCCAUCAGAACCUGUAACUCUGCCACAGGUUCCUAUUCCCGAAGUCCAACCGCCUACUCCUCAGCCUGCAACAUGUGCAUAUUGCGAUAAAGUGUUGCCAUCGCCUAAAUCCCUAAAGCAUCAUAUAUGUAUGACCCACCAAAUUAUUGAUAAAGCUUGUACUUUUGAGUUUUGCUCGUAUGUUUCAAAAACUAGAAAGGAAUACAAUACUCAUGUAAGACAGCAUAACCUGAUGAGUAUACAUGAGAGGAAGAGAGAACGAAUCUCCAAGGUUAAAGUCAACUAUUCGAUCCGUAAUCAAAGAGAGUUGGAAGUCUAUUUGAAAACAUGUCCCAAUGAUAUCAUUGACGCCAUUCAUCAACAACAGAAAGAUCUUCUUGUUCAGAGAACAAACAUAGCAAGCAUGAACUUAUAUAUUGAAUAUAACUUUCAAGAUAAGAAAUGGACGUUCAAAUACACAUGUAUAGGUUGUUCCAAAGAAUUUGCCAGAGAUUACAAUGCUAAGAGACAUUCCGAGAAACAUUCCACAAGAAAUGUCGUUUGUCCGUUUUGUGAUCGUAUGGUCAGAGGCUCAAUGGCUCUCAAAACGCAUAUUACAAAGUAUCAUCAGAUAUCCGAGUAA